AAGUGUACUCCUCCAGCCUAUGAAGCACGCCCGCCGAGCCCAAACACUUGUUCUGUCCGGCGCGAGAUCUUUGAGCCCCUCGACCACCUCCUCCUCCUCAUCCUCCACCGAUUUCCGUGGUUGCCGCCCCUCUGAAGACCUGCUCGCCGUCGCCGACUUCGAACACAGGCCUGGAGCGAGCACGCCACCACCGCCACGUCCCACGCCUUCAAGCUGUUCGGCAAAAUGCCCAACUCGUAUGACAAUCGGCCAAGUCCGAGCUCUUGUACCGAGCGCGCCCAUGGGUCACGCUGCUUGCUCGAGAAAAGGGGCGCGUCUGCAGGGCGAGAUGGUGAUCCACGGUAUAGUACACGUGCUUAACGCGUCUCAUGCCUCGUGUUACCUCGACAUUGAUGAGUGGUGAAUUGACAUGAAAUGCUCUUUCCGUUUCUAGCCGUCCCACAAGUAUUGUUUAUACAGUCCAACUGUAUUGCCAAGUAUAGUAACAAAAAGAUCAAGCUAACUUCCAAAUAACCACAUUUUACAUUCACAACACACAGCCAGUAGAUCAAUAGGUGAGCCGAUCGUCAACACUCAAGAACCUGCAGCCAAGUAUGGUAAAAUGAAGACCGUUCCCCCAAAUUUCCAAAUCAAGUUCUUGUUACUUGCAUUUUUGUGUGCAAACUUCUGUGCAAUCUAGAGAGUACAACUUCUCUUAUAGGACUAUAUGGGGCAAUGGCAUUCAUUUUGGCCUCGCUUACAUGUCUACAAAAUCCGAGGUGUCAAAAAUAUAACCAUUUCUUAUACUUUAACUGAAAGGAAAGGUUUGAUGAUUUGCAACAAUAUAAGAAGAAUGGUAUACAUUAGUAUGUAAAAUAAUAUUCCAUUAUUCCAUUAUUAUUAUUAUUAUCUUCCGAUAUGGAUUUCAUGCAUACUUUACACAAGCUUUUUGUUUGCAUGGAAAGGUAAGGACAUGCCCUAUCAGAGUUACAUAGAUUCCUAGAUGAGGGUUUAUAUCCAAAAUAUCGCAUAGUUCUAUUCAAAUGCCCUUGAUGAGAACACAAUAUAUAUUCCUUUGGCUUUGAAGGCAGGGAUUAGAAUUUAUUUACGCAAUUUCUAUAUUAGGAAGCAAACACACAAGGAUUUUACUCUAUUAUAAGUUCUCUAAAGUCGAUUCUGUUUACCAAAUUUCUAAAUUUCAAAGCAAACUUACUAUGCUUGUACUCCAUUAUGAAAAUUUUGAAGUCUGUCGCCUUUACUUGCUUAUUCCUUGAACUCUAGAUCCAAUCCAAGAUCAAGGAAACCGGUUGCGCAAUUUUUUUUUCCCGAGAAAACGCAAAGACUUUGCGUUUCUUUUCAUUGAAAGGGGGGGGGGGGGCACAGGUUACAUGCCUCCUAGGAGGGGGUUUACAAUUUAUGUUACAACGAUCUUAGUGGACAUCCCAGGUGCUUGGGAUCACCAGUCGAAGGCUUGAAGCCCCAGCCCUAGCCCAGAGGGCGGCCUCUGCUUUGAUACUCUCCGUUAGCUGGUGGACGGAUGGUUGAUCCCCAUCAAAGGUACAAGCGUUUCGCUGUUUCCAGAUCAUCCAUCCCGUCAGGAGUGUCGCCGUUGCGGCUGCGCAAUUCUCAGGUCAGAUCUGUCAGAUCCAAAUCAAGCGAAGAAACCACGGGAAUUUGUUCCAGGUGCCUCAUUGCUGUCUGACGACAAAUCCCUCGGUCAUUCCGCCUUUAGAUCGUCCGCUUUGCCAUGGCGUUAUCAGCAGCUUUUAAGAAAAGAGAGAGACAUGAAGCCGGCCUUGAAGGUGCAUUUGAUAUGCAAAAGAGCGAGCUAAUGGUCCGAGAAAUGGAGGCUGAAAGGUUUGCUGAUAAUGCGGUGAAGAAGGAACUGCGUCAAAUGCAUCUUGAGGUUGAGAAACUUCGUGCUGAAAACCAGGAAUUAACUAUUAAAUUACAGAAGCUGACUGAAGAAGUGAAAGCAGACAAAAGGUCUGAAGGCAAGCAAAGCUUCCCUGAACUGCAUGCUGAGCUAGAGGGGUUGCAGAAAGAGUAUCAGUACAUACGAUCUGAAGUUGAGCAUAAUCGGGACAUAAAUACCAAGCAAGCUGAGCAGAUGAAAACAAUGGAAAUGAGCCUCAUAGCCAUGACCGAACAGGUUGACAAGUUACAUGCCGAGAUGCAAAAUACUGACAUGAGAGCACAAGGACUGGCCACGGCGGUGCAAGUAGCAGCAGGUCAAUCUGGGACGGCACAAGCUCAAGUUGCGUAUGGAAGUCCAUUUGACAAUGUCCCUGCUCAAACAACUCAAGUGGACCAAUCUGAGGCAGCACAGGCUCCGGCUGCAUCAGCCGCCAUUUACCCAUAUGCCUAUUCCCCUGCAGUCGCACAUCAGCAAACAACUCAAGCUUGGCCUUACGCUUAUGGCAUGCCUUACGCAUACACCAAUCCCAUGGCGGGCCAUCAAGAUGUGCAAGCUAGUGGACAUGCCGGCUACCCAAUUGCAGGUUAUGAUCAGAAUGCCACCCCCUACUAUACAGUCUAUCCUGGCCACCCUGCAGGUUAUAAUCAGAAUGGCGUCCCCUACUAUACUGGCUACCCAGUAGGUUAUGAUCAGGAUGCCAUGCACUUCUAUCUUGUUGCCUACGCUGCAACUGCGGUGGGCGUCCCAGUGACUGAUGCUGCGAACAUGGACGACAAUGCUGGAUCUCCUGCCGGUGCCAGGCAGGCUGAAUCAAGGGGGGACGCCACUGUCCACAUCACACUUGCAUCAGAUGCUUCUCCCGACGCUGCAAUCAGCUUUCGGCCACUGGAGAUGUGAGAACCUGAGGUUUGGACUGCAAAUGAGGUUGUCAGCACCUCGUGCCAAUUUCCUUUCCUUUACCGGCAAGACACUUGUUAUGCCAUUCCUGUUGUGUUAUUAGGACGUAGGGUGCGAUCACCCAAGUUAUACCUGGAUUCUGGAUUUCUUUUCCGUUUUCUUGUCAUCGUUCCUGACUGGAUUGAUGGAGUGCAGAUACAUCACUCUUUGUUAUCGUACUUGAACUCUGAUUGGCGAUGUGAUUCUGGAUCAUAAUCAUAUAUAUAUGCUUCAUUCGCUAUA